AUAUAUUUUUUUCUUUCAAAAUUCCAGAUGUUUCUCUUACAUUGGAAUUUUUCUUGCAAACUAGUAAUGCAAGAAAAUGGUGUCAGAUUAAAUAAUAGUAGCAGACGUUUUGAUAAUAGAGUUGUGUUAACAGAUUUUAUAAACAUUUGACAAAUUUUUGGCGCCUAGUGGUCCAUAUUUUACAUACCACAGAGAUAUGCUGCUUUUGCUCUUCACUUUGUAACAGUCAAGAACGCAUAUUAAGGACGUUCUACUAAAUGCAUAUAUGAUGUCUGUCCGUCCGCCCGAAGUUCCGCUCACGAAGUAGGUGGGCAUUCGCAGCCGUACGCAUUGAGGUAACAACAUGGCGCUGGAAGUAUUCGGUUCAUUGAUAGGAUCCAAGAACAUAUAUCAAGAACGCUUUACUCAAUGCAUAUAUGAUGUCUGUCCGUCCGCUCGAAGAUCCGUUCACGAAGCAGAUGCAUGUUCACAGCCGUAUGCAUUGAGGUAACAACAUGGCGUUGGAAGUAUUCGGUUCAUUGAUAGGAUCCAAGAAUGCAUAUCAAGAACGCUCUACUCAAUACAUAUAUGAUGUCUGUCCGUCCGCUCGAAGUUCCGCUCACGAAGUAGGUGGGCAUUCGCAGUCGUACGGAUUGAGGUAACAAGGUGGCACUCUAUUCCGCUGUGUUUCGUUUGUUGACAUGAGGCAAGAACGCAUACUAAGAACGCUCUAUUAAAUACGUAUAUAACGUAUGUCCGUCCUUUCGAAGAUCCGUUCACGAAGUAGGUGCGUAUUCGCAUCGAGGUAACAACGUAUGGCAUUAUGGCUAUAUGUUUGUUUUGCUAAUUGGCUUAAGUUGAAAAUUGAAAGCGAUUCGUUUUUUACAAGUGUUUAGAGAUAUUGAUCAGAAACCUACAUUGUGACAUAAAAAUAAUUAGAUAAAAUUACAUGGGCAAUUAUUAGAGAGACGGACAUGCAGAGAAGCUUCAAUCGUUUGAUAAAAUGAUUCUGCAAUGAUUCGUGUAACAAAAACGCUGAAGUUCAAUUGCAAGCUCCCUUUAAAGUUGCAAGCAUCUGCAUAAACCUAAUAUUCUUUUACCACCAAAGACGCAUUAUAUAAAAAGAGGAAAUGACUGAGUGAAAAAACGAGUAUAAGACGCAAACAUAUGAGAAAAAAAAAAGUUUAAUGAGUCAUUGUCAUAUUUUGUUUUUCAACAACGUCGUGUCAAAGGACGACAUUCCCAGUAAAAAGGAAACACUUACAGGGUAACUGCGAUCGAUGAAAGACUAAUCUUUAAUCCCUCAACAAAUUUCUUUUUUAUGCAUUGUGAACGCGUCAAAAAGACAGUUUACACAGGGUUCUUAAAGCCCGGUUGCCAAAGUUCAUUGCAUUUUUUGGAUUAAUCACAUCUCUGUCUCCCGAAUUUCAGUUUCGUGGGCACAUACAGUUUGCUGGCAAACUUCUUCCCUGAAACUGGUCAGAGCCAAUUUGGCUCACUCUUCAGUAACUUAGUUUGAGAUCAGCGAUUUCAGGGUGAAUUUCUUAAGAUUCCAGACGGGACGACUGAUUGAUAAAGGAUGUACAAGCCGAAAAAAAGGAAUGAAUUUACAUUUGGGAAUCGCACCAGUAUCACCGUGGUAGUAGGUGGCAUAACUCUGAGAAUAUAUUGGAAGAUUUUCAUCACACUAUCAAUCGUAGUAGGUUAUGAAGAAUAAGCACAAAAGUCAAGUUUUUUUUUUUUUUGCCUUGAACCGAGAGGUGUUCUUAGUUUAUUUUUUUACUCUAGACAUAUCGUUUGAUCGAUUUAGUUCACUUUUAAUCUGACGCUGUGCGUGGAAGAAGUAUAUAAAUUUUUAUUCUUUCUUGUAGUUGAAAAAUAGCGAGCGAAAAAAUCAUUUUUUUUUCCCUUUUUUAAAAGCAGAAAUAUUCUCAGUUUAAGUCGCGCUGUAGGCAUAUCCCUGAACUGAUUUGCUCCAUAUGCAGUGCAAACUUACGUUGAAGAAUUUCCAAUGUUUCUAUUAAAUUUGAGCCGUAUAGGGCCCUUUUUUCAACCAAGAUAACGUUUGCCAAAAACGGACGGAGGGACAUAACAUAGAGAUCAAGAACGUAUAUUUUUUAUGAUAUCGGCUUCAGUAAUACAAGUCCUAUUGCUUUAUUUUUCCAACUGAGACAAUGUUUACCGCAGACGGAUGGAGGGACGUACCUAAAUCGAUUUAGGAUUGAUACAAAUCCAGAACAUAAAUUUUUUACGAUGUCUCUAAUGUCUUUGGCUUUCGUAAUCCAAGCGUUUUGAUAAACUGAAUAUACCUUCAAUUUUCCCGGGCAUGGGUAUGAAAACAAAUUUGUAUAUACCAAAAUAACAAUAAAGAUGCGACAUUUACUCAAUCCCAAGUAAAGGAAAAAAAAAAAAGAAAUUUUUUUUUUCUUACAAAGCGGCGGGCGUUUGCAUCAUCAUCGUAUGUACAUUCCCCUAAAACUAUCAUUUAUAAGAAAAGAAAAAACAAUUUAAAAUCGUACGGAAAUAAUGUAGUAAAUACACUUGUCUCUCAAUUUACGCGACAACCCUUCGAAUGGCUUUCAUCUAUAAGAAAUACUUCAAGUAUUUCUUUGCCUGAUGUGUGUGUAGUGCUCUAAUAAUGCGAUAAAGUACGCAUUUUAGCAUAAUGUGUUCUUUUCCAAUUGAUUGAUUGAUUGAUUGUUUGAUUGAUUGAUUUGGUAUUGAUUACUUUGAAAGGAAAUUCUAGAAGCUUUUAAACUCAACCCAUGCAAUGUAGGCGUGUGAAUGUUUCUUCCUUCGAUCGGUGCUGCUUCGGUAAGCGUACCGCCUCUGCUAUGCUUUUCUACAGAAAAGAAAAGACAAAAUAAGCGGGCCUCCGCGUAAAUCGAGGGCGCACGACAACAACAAUAAUAAUAAUAAUAUUUUUUUUUUAUUGUUUAUGACAAUUUAAAGCAGCUGCCAUCAAUACAACCCGAAAAACAAAGCACAGCGCAUUAUAAACAAACAUUUCUUUUAACCAUAAUCGAAAGCGUGAAAAAAAAAAAAUGAAAGAACGAAUGGAAAAAAGGGGAGAUUUUUGUUUCGCUUAUUAUUAUUAUUAUUAUGUUACCGAGCCAUAAACUUAUACAGAUGCAUGUUUGUGUAUUCUUCAAUUUGAAUUUGACAACAACAAUAAAGCCACACAUUAACUACCACUUUUUUUUUGUAUUUUGUUGUUUAUGCAAAGAAACAGAAGGAAGACAAAAAAAGAAAAAAACAAAAAAAAAAAACACUAUUACGCUACAAAAUUAUUUCAACAGUUUCUGUAGAAAGUGGGUGAAUCAAAAGCACAAAAAGAAUGGGAAGAGAAGAGAUUUACAUAAAAACACCCUUUUGUGUUACAACUCCUUUUUUUUUAUAUUUUUCAAACUUUGUUUAGUGUUGUUUUUGUGCUCAAAAGGGGUUAAUUGAAUCCUGGUCACUUGAGUGGGAUAUAAUCGAUUUUCAAGAUAUACUUCAAUUAAUUGCUUUCAAAUGAAACUAAUUUGUUAGAAAAAAAAUAAAUAAAUAAAUAAACGACAAAGAAUUACAAUUUUCAAGUAUAUAAACACAGUUUGAGGAGCACUAAAAAAAAGAGGAUUCUUCCAAUUCAAAUCAAUCUUUGAUACCAAUCUUCUAACGCGUUUCUACGUAAAUUCCAAAGAAAAAUUCGCCAUUUACCUCAUAUCCGCUGAUCAAUGACGGCACACUACUCGUAGGAGUUCAAAAACGCUUUUGUGUCAGUGCAAAAUUACGCGCCAAUGCAAAACAUAAGCGAGUAUGGGCCGUUCCAAGUUUCCGGGGAAACCCUCGAAAUCGAUUAAUCGUAAACGUAUCAGUGUUUUACAAAUACAACCGAAUGAAGAUCAAGAAACAACGUUAACGGUAGCUGGUGGUGGUGGUACAUCUUCGUCAUCGACGUCGUCGGGAAGCCAUCAUAAAAAUAAAAAUGGUAAACGUGAAGACGGUGACGAUGGUAGCGGGGGUGGCGGAGGCGUUGGUGGGUCCGCAGGAACAGCAGGAGGCAGUGCAACAAAUGGUUCCAGAUCUUCCGGUUCAAGUUCCUCCUCUGAACAUAAUCGCAAUCGCAAAAGUGAUAACAAUCAUGCUAAAGAUUCCACACAAAAUGUAAAUGGUUCCAGUGGUAGCGCUGCUGCUGGUGGUGGUGGGGGCGGCGGCGGCAAUGGUAAUAAUACCAAUGCGGGCGUUAACAAAACUUCAGAAUCAAUUGCUAAUCCUAAUGAUUUCUCGAAUAUACCGCUCGCCGAUAUCGAAGAUACGGAAAGCGGUGAAGAAGAUGAGGAAGACGAUGAAGAUGAAGACGAUGAAGAUGAAGACGAAGACGAUGAAGACGAAGAUGAUGAAGAUGAGAACGAUGAGGGUGAAAAAAGAGCGAAGGCGACAGUGAGUUCGUCUUUCAAGAAAUCUUUACCAUUAACUGCAGCAUUUGUGGUUACCCCUGUGAGACGUAGUUGUAAAAAAUUUAAAAACCUUAAAAUACAUAAACCAGAGGUUAUGCUGCCUUCCUCGUCUAAAUUAAGAUUACAACAACAGCAAAAACUAUGUAAUACAACUCCCGCCCAAGUAUCAACAACAGCCACCUCAGUUGCAACCAGUUCUCAACAGCAGCAGCAGCAGCAGCAGCAGCAACAACAACAGCGGCAAAAUUCUUCAAAACCAUUGUUACCCGAACCUCCUGUCAACCAGUUACAACAAAAGCAAGAACAACAACAAUCGUCAACAACGACUUCAUCAUUUUCUUCAUCGACUAGUUCUGCCGCUGUUAAUACCGCAGCAGGAAAUAUUGUUAACCACAAUAACAAAACUAAAGAUGACCAUCAAACUGACGUUGGAGUUGAUGAAGAUGACGAUGAAAACGACGCACAUCGUCAUAAUGCUCAACAGACUGACGAAAAGAAUAUUAUUGGCGAUAAUGAGAACGACGCUGAUAAUAAUAAUCAUGAUAGCAAUGGUAAUGAUGAAGCACCUUAUAGCGACAACAACAACCUUAACAAUCACAGUGAGUCGAAAACACCUAAAAAAAAUUCAACCGUCGACUCUGUGGUUAACGUGGAUUCCUUAGUUCCAAAUGAAGACAAAAAAAACAACAAUAGUUCUGAUACAGCAACGGCAACAACAACAACAACAAUAACAAAAGCAACAUCAACAACGACAACAACAACAACAACAAUAACAACAGUAAUGGAUAACAAUACCACAAAUGGUAGUUUAAUAGCAUCACUAUCCUCCUCUUGUUCAUCAUCAUCGUCAUCAUUAUCAUCAUCAUCAUCGUUAGCAUUAACAACAUCGCCUUCGAUUUCAUCAUCCGCUUCAAUAACGUCAGUUGCAUCCACGUCAUCGCUGUCAUCGUCGUCGUCAUCAUCGUUAGCGUCGUCUUUGGAUAAAAAGCAAAAGAAAACUGUCACGUUUAAAAAUGUUCUCGAAACUAGUGAUGACAAAAGUGUAGUAAAAAAAUGCUAUAAUCCUGAUAAUCGUAAACCUUUGGUAUCUAUUAUUAAAAAAGAUUUACGCAGCAGUGAUUGCAUAGUGAGGCCAUCGCGCCUAACGGAGAUACUCAAAAAUAACAACUCAAACAUUGAUAAAUAUAAUAAUACGCUUAAAUUUCGUACACAUGCCAACGUUACCAGUGAGAAAAUCGCAGAUGAUGGCGAGCCGUUAACGUCUUCGAUAUUAACUGGACCUAUACUGCGUUUAUUCGGUGCACCCAGUAUCGAUGAGGAGGAGGAAGACGCAUACAAACAAAACUUAAUCAAUUUUAGAAUAACAAAAGAUUACAGUGACGAUGAUGAUGAUGAUGAGGAGGAGGAGGAGGACGAUGACGACGAUGAUGAUGACGAUGAUGAUGGUGAUGGUGAUGGCGAUGGCGAUGGCGAUAAUGUUAACGAAGAGCAAAAAGGCGAUAUAGAAUUAGAUCACUCCGGGAAAGGGGAAAUUGAGCAACAACGAAUAGAACAAAAAGAAAACACGAAAGAGAAACGCAAAUUGGAAAAUGAUGAAGAAGCGCAAAAGGACCGUAAAAGUGUGGGAAAAAGUAAUGAAGCAGACGAGGACGAGGACGAGGACGACGGACCCCAAUUAAUAGUUGAUAAACAUUUCGUAUUACCUAAGCGUAGCACACGUUCAUCGAGAGUAAUCAAACCAAAUAAACGACUUAUCGAGGAUGGCAUCAUUUGCAAGAAAAGUUCUUUGAAAAGUUUUAGCAAUAAUCUUAACUCGAAGGAAACCAAGGCUAACACAAAUUAUUUCGGAUUGAGAGAUUAUAAAUCCAAGGAAGGCAGCAGUGUUGGAAAUUGCAUAUUAAAAUCCGGUAAAGAACAAACGUCAUCGGCUGCUUUUAAUACAACGAAUAUGUUUUCGCAUUUCUCUGUUAGCGGCCUUAAAGCUAAUAGUUUUGUUCUACGUCAACCUCGUUUACAAUUUGAUUCCAUUUGUGCGAAUACGGGUGAACGCAAUCAUAUAACACAAUCCGUGAACGCUGCAGCAGCUUUGGCAUUAUCAGCUUCAUUACCGAAAUCCCUAACACAAGCUAUAUCAUCAUCUGCGGGAACGCCCGCAUCAACUGCAGCAUUAUUGUCGCCCACAUUUUCCUCAUUGAAUGGCUCCAGUUCCUUACUGCAAAAUGCUCAGACAAAUAAUUCUGCUUCGGUUAAUCAAAGUAUGCUCUGUGCGGUUUGUUCUACUAGUAUACAUUCAAAAAGCUUACCACAAGCCACUAAAUAUGGCGAAUUAUCCUGUGAAUAUUGCCGUAAAUUUAUAUCGAAAAUUGCUAAAAAAUCGCUUGCCAUGAAGAACUCUCCUGUGAUGAAAAUAACCCCGGUGCAAUGCAAGGCUGAUGGCAAUUGUUCGAUCGUGCCGCCAUUGAAAGCUGGACAUGUGAAAAAUUUUAAGAAAGUCUACAAGGAGCGUUGUGGUUAUUGUUGGCUAAAGAAAUGUCUACAAACGUUACAAUUACCCAAAGUACGCUUAAAUGCCGUUCUUCCCCUAAUCAAUAAUAGUUUAAUGAAAAAUUCGGCCGAUACGAAAUUGCGACGUGAUUUGGAUGUAGAUGUACAUCCCACGAAACUAUUGUCUGCACCUACCAGCGCGAUUAAAUGGAAGCCUUUAUUAGAAACCAGCGGGUGCACUACAGAUCCAUUGAAAAUUAAUUUGAAGGCUAAUCCUUUAACCGAGAAUGUAACAUUUGGCAGUGUGCCUUUGUUAAGACCAGCUAUUCUUGAAAAACCGCUCUUCCUGAAAACUACCAUCGAGCCGAAAGUCGAGAAAGUUGAAAAACAGUUGACACCUCCUUUAAAAUUAAUGGAGGGCGUUAAAGACGCCAAACAGACGGAUUCAUUAUUUCUAAUGGAGGCACCUCUUGGCAGCAGUAAUUUUUUGAAAACAAAACGUAAAGACAAAUUGACAGAUAAAGAUAAAGAACAACGUCCUCAUACUCCUAAAGAAAUCAAACACAGAGAUCUUUCUAUCCUGGACCAAUUAAAGGAAGAAGACAAGGCAAAUAUUCAUGGGGCCGAUGAAAAACCUUUGGCCAGUUUUGUGGUUAAUGCCCCAUCAGCAGCAAUACCUUUAUCAAUAGCGACAACAACAACAACAACAACAGUGUGUACAAACGUGAUUUCACCUACAAAUACGGUGACCACAGUAUCAACCGCAACAACGACCAUCAGUCCUUCUCAUAUCAACGUUAUCUCAUCGUUGUCACCUACAACGGAGAAACGUCAACGUAUCGAUUUAAAAGGACCACGUGUUAAGCACGUUUGUCGCAGUGCUUCAAUAGUGUUGGGUCAACCGUUGGCUUUGUUUGGUGACGAAACGGAAGGUGGCACUGCCGCCACUUCUGAGUCAAUGAGUCAAGAAACUUCCACAACAACAACUUCGAAUAAGAAACUAAUUGUCACUGAUGAAAAUGAUAACUGUGCCUCCUGUAAACCGAAACUAUCAACAAUGCCUAACGUAGAGACUACAAAUGCUUCGACGAAUUCAACGGAAUGCAAUUCUGAACCCCCCCUGAAAGUACCAAAACUGGAGAGUACAAAUAAAGCAUUAAUGCCCGUCUUUAAAACUACAUCACGACCAAAUCAUUACGCCACUCAUUUGGCCGCGUUCAAGAAGUCAUCAAGUACGGUUAAUGCUUCUAAUCUGUCAUACGGCUCUCAUCGACGUCGCGAUGCCGUGAUUAAGUAUAAACUUUUAAUUUCAAUUGAUUUUUGGGAAAAUUAUGACCCAGCUGAGGUUUGCCAAUCAGGUUUUGGACUUAUUGUCACUGAAACCGUAGCGCAGAGAGCUCUUUGCUUCUUAUGUGGUUCGGCCGGCCAAGAGCCUUUAUUAUUUUGCGCUUGCUGUUGUGAGCCGUAUCAUCAAUAUUGCGUACAAGAUGAAUUCAAUCUUAAGCAUGGGUCACUCGACGAUACGCUGUUGUUAAAUGAAAGUGCUCUCAGUGUCUUAAACGGAGGCAAUUCUAACUCGUCUAUUGCUCGCUUGAAUUGGCUAUGUCCGCGUUGCACAGUUUGCUACACGUGCAACAUGUCUUCCGGUGCAAAGGUCCGUUGCCAGAAAUGCCAGAAAAAUUAUCAUUCAACUUGUUUGGGCACUAGCAAACGUUUAUUGGGUGCCGAUCGUCCACUUAUCUGUGUUAAUUGCCUCAAGUGUCGGUCUUGUUCUACCACAAAGGUCACCAAAUUUGUGGGUAAUUUGCCCAUGUGUACCAGUUGCUUUAAGUUACGAAAACGUGGUAAUUAUUGUCCGGUUUGCCAGAAAUGCUAUGACGAUCAAGAUUUUGAUCUUAAAAUGAUGGAAUGCGGCGACUGUCAUCAAUGGGUUCAUGCCAAGUGCGAAGCGCUCACUGACGAACAAUAUAACUUAUUGAGUACGUUGCCCGAAUCUAUAGAAUUCAUAUGUAAGCGUUGUGCUCGAAAAAGUCAAGAAGCUAAGAACAGAGCUUCGGAAUGGCGGUAUGCUGUUAAGGAGGAGUUUAAAACAAGUUUAAUGAGCGUAUUGAAAUUGCUUAGCAAAUCACGUCAAGCCUGUGCAUUGCUCAAACUUAGUCCGCGUAAGCAAUUGCAUUGCACAUGCGGUGCGGGCAGCAAUGGUAAAAUUCAACCCAAAGCUCUCCAAUUUAAUAUAAAUUCUACAGUACCAGAGGGAGACUCGCAAAGCAGCGUAGACGUUUACGAAUUCAAUGAUCAGCAUGAGCGCGAAUUCGAUCACAAAGGACAAACGGAAACUAUUUACAAAAAAUGUGUUUGCCAAAAUGCACAACAGAAUAGCUCUCAGCUCAGUCUAGUGGAGAUUAAGCAGAAAAUCCAUGCGGGAUCUUAUGUCACUUUAGCGGAAUUCAACUACGAUAUGAAUUUAGUGAUUCAACAGGCUAGUUGCGAUGAGCUCGUAAUAGCGUACAAGGAAAUACUCAGUGAACAAUUUCCAUGGUUUCAAAACGAAACACAAGCUUGUACCGAUGCUCUCGAAGAAGAUAUGUAUGAAACUGCGGGAGCUGCUUACGGUUUGAAUACAUCUUUAGACAACGAGUCAGAAUAUCCUAUGGAUGUACGCAUAUCGGAGACCAAUAAUAAUAAUAAUGAUUGCGAACGUAAUGCAGCCUUAAUUGCCGAUCUACCAGCUGACCUUGAUGAAUUGAUGUAUAAUUUGAAAAUACGUCCAGAUGCCAGAAUAUGUUUGCUAUGUCGCCGUGUUGGUGAAGGAAUGCCUGAGGAGGAAGCUCGACUGCUUUACUGUGGCCACGAUGCUUGGGUUCACACGAAUUGCGCACUAUGGUCAGCGGAGGUUUUCGAAGAGAUUGAUGGCUCUCUUCAAAACGUACAUGCGGCCGUGGCCAGAGGACGUAUGAUCAAGUGCGGCGUUUGUGGAAAUCGUGGGGCGACCGUGGGUUGUAAUGUGAAAUCUUGCGGUGAACAUUAUCAUUAUCCUUGUGCUCGCUUACGUUCUUGUGCCUUUCUUGCCGACAAAACUAUGUACUGUCCCGCUCACGCUGCGUCUAAAACGGCAGCAUCGUACGAAACGCAAUUUGAGGUUACACGACCUGUAUACGUUGAGUUGGAGAGAAAAUGUAAAAAGAUGAUUGAACCAUCGAAAGUACAGUUUCACAUUGGUUCUUUGGAAGUGAAACAAUUGGGUCAUAUAUUACCGCGAUUUUCUGAUUCUAGCGAAGCUUUGAUACCUGUCAACUUUCUUUGUGCUCGUUUGUAUUGGUCAUCGAAAGAGCCGUGGCGUUUAGUUGAAUAUACUGUACGCACCCUCAUUCACAACUCAUGUACGUCUUCGUUGAUCGCGGGCGGAACUUUAGAUCCUGGCCGCAACUUCACUGUAGAUCAUACGCAAACGAAUAGCGCCCUCAUACAACUCGGUUUGGCGCAAAUUGCUCGUUGGCAUACAAGCUUAUCCAAAGGCGAAUACGUAGGUAGCGGUGAUACGGAAGACAACGAUUAUUUCGGCAGCUCUUUUGCAAUGGCAGUGGAUGAAGAACCUCAAACAAAUGCUGACCUCCUACCGCCCGAAAUUAAAGAUGCUAUAUUCGAAGAUUUGCCUCAUGAACUUCUUGAUGGUAUUUCCAUGUUAGAUAUUUUCAAUAAAUGUAUGAACUAUGAGGAAUUGGGUAACGAGCAAUCGAAAGAUGGCACGAUUAGCACGGCAACAAACAGUGCUCAGAUAUCUGCUGACGAAGAUACUAUGGCUUCCAUAAGCGCGUUCAGUAAACAACUAAAUGUAGAUAUGAGUAAUUGGUGUAGCUCUGCUAAUCACGUAGAAGAUGCUCUCUUGUCUACAACGACCGUCUCAGCUACACAGCAGGCCCAGGCUAGAUUAAAUAAACUUAAGAAGUCCUCGUCUCCAUUGGUUAUGAGCAGUGAUAGUGUGGCAGCUAUUAAAAGACGUAAGAUAUCUGAGGGAAUGUUGUUGUCUCUAAAUCAACAACGAAGCCAAAAAAAGGAUGUGGUAGCAGCAGUCAGUAGGCGUAACGAUUUUACUUGGAGUGCUGAGAAACGUUACAAUCUGAACUCAGAUAGUAAGGUUAAAUUAAUGCAAGUAGAUGGUGUUGACGACACCAUAAGCGAAUAUCGUUUCAUCAGUAAUGAAUCUACUACGGCGGCUACUAUGAAAUGCGAACGUUGCCAAUGUCAUUAUCGCAACUAUGAAUCGUUUCAACGUCAUUUGGCUUCGUGUGAGCCUCUAAAUUCGUCUGCUAGUGAAUCGGAAUCCGAAGGCAGUCAAACAGGGGCCACGACUGCGAUUACAGUUGAGCAAUUACAGGAAUUAAAUGCAAAAUUUGGCGGUCAACGGGCUACGUCGUUGCCCUUUAUACAAACUAUACCUACAACGCAGAGUAUUCCGCAGUUAAGUAGUUUGCAAACAAGUCUUGGCGGCUUACCAUUGCAAUUGCAGGGAGUGGGCAGUCUACAGAAUUUGCAGAGCUUACAGCAACUUCAACAAUUAACUCAGCCGCAAGCCUUGAGUGGAAACUUUUUCAUUUCAGCUGCUCAGCCAAAUAAUACGGCCGAUGAAUUGCAUUUGUAUACGAAUGCUUUGCAGGGAUUGCAAGGAAAUUUGAAUGGGGGAUUUACAUUCGCUACACCUCAAACAGUUACACAGAAUCAGCCGCAACUUAUAGCAGUCUCCACUAAUCCGGAUGGAACGCAGCAAAUUAUACAAUUGCCAGCAACGGCUGCAACCCCAGCGCCAGCUCCCACUUAUCAAACACUACAGGCCACCAACACAGAUAAGAAGAUUGUUUUACCGGUAGGCGGAGGCAAACCUAUGAAAACUAUGGCUACCAAAGCCGCUCAACAGGCUACCGCUGCAGCAAAGAGCAAACUAAAAGCUGGAACAGCUGUAAAACCAAUGCAGAUUCAAAAGUCUACGCCGCCAGUUCAUAGCGCCACACAACAACUACUGAAUCAACAGUUGCUACAGCAGUUGCAACAAGCUCAACAACAAAACACGGCGACUGCACCCCAAUUACUUUUUCAAGCUGCUUCAGCACCAAAUCAACCACAGAUUAUAAUGCAGCAGCCAGCCACCCAGAACAUAAUAUCUUUCGUCACGACAUCUACGGAAGGUACGCAGCAGCCACAACUCCAAUAUGUUACAUUGCCUACCGCAGGUACGAGCACCGCAGACUUUAAACCGCAGGCACAAGGUUCCACAUUGUUUACUACAACGAACAAUGCCCAGCCAUUGUUACAAACCGCUUAUCUGCAAGCGGAUGCCAGCGGUAAUCUAGUGCUAACAAAUACCCCUCAACUCUUAACUACACCGCAGCAUCCUCAGGUUAUAGGAACACUGAUACAACCGCAAACGUUAUUAGGCGGCGGCAACGUGAUUACGGCUACGACGACAUCAACGGCCGAAGGUGGGAUGCCCGCGAGUCAAGGUGGACAAGCUCAACAACAGCAAGUUAUUAUCAGCGGGGGAACACCCUCGGGGACGAACGGCUUGGAAAUGUUGACAGGGACUGCAACACCACAAGUUAUUUUGGCCACCACAACGCAGCCGAUGUACUACGGGCUCGAGACUAUUGUACAAAACACUGUGAUGUCAUCGCAGCAAUUUGUUUCAACUGCCAUGCCAGGCGUGCUCAGUCAGAAUGCCAGCUUUUCGGCCACAACCACGCAAGUAUUUCAGGCGAGUAAAAUUGAACCAAUAGUAGAUAUACCAGCCGGGUAUGUGUUACUUAACAAUGUAGAUGCUAAUGGAGCGGCUGCCAUAUUACAAGCACAAGCGCAGCCGCAAACGCAAACAACUAAUCAAACCAGUAAUGCCCAGGCAGGCCAAACUAAUUUUAUCCAGGCAGCUUUGCAACAACAGGCAGCCGCACAGGCAGCUUUAGCAGAACAACAACAACAACAACAACAACAACAACAACAGCAGCAGCAGCAGCAGCAAGUGUUUCGCAUACAGACUCCCCCGGUUACGACAACCAACACAACCGGGCCUAGUACAGCGUUUCCAAUACAGACGCCCCAGCUUGUUGUCACUCAGCAAUCGCAACAACAGACGACACCGUCACAGCAGUUUUUGGAAGCUGCCAAUGUGCAAUUGGUGAGCGCAAAAAUAGCUCCAACUCUAGCUCAAGUCAAACGUGUUAAGACAACGCCAUCGGUGGUUACAGUUUCCAAAGUUCAACCGCAAGUGGUUAACAAAGUUAUGCCCAAUAGUGCGAUAGUUACUGUGCCACAGCAACAAUCACAACAAAAAAUCAAACAAACCCAACAACAACAGCUUCUCCUUAAUAAAACCGUAAAUGCUACUGCGCAACAACCAAACCCAACAGCAAUCACCGGGAAAUCACAGUCAACUGCAACCAACGCUGUUAAAAAAACCAAUAUGAUACGUCCACUACAUAAACUGGAAGUGAAACCGAAGAUGAUGAGAGCGGCCGCUACAGUAGUAACCAAACCUACACCGACGGUCACAAGCAAUGCCUUACCAACGCCGCCCGCCAACCAACAGGUCAAUAAUAGAAUGGCCUUGUUAAAGCCACAACAACAACAACAACAAAAUUCUGGCGCGACACCCAUCUUGGGGCAACAAUCUAGUUUGCCUCAACAGCAAGUCAUUAUAACAACAUCACAGGCGACACCACAACAGCAGCAGCAAAUCACAGUUUCUAUUGCUCAUCAGGAACAACCGCAGCAGUAUACCGGGCACAGCAAUAACAAAAACCAUCAACAGCUGAUCGACUACGUAAGUCUACAACAAAUCAAUCAAACGAAUCAACAACAUUACAAUGUAGCCGAUGCACUGCUGCUGUUAGAUGAAAAUUCUCAACCACAGGUACCGCAACAACUAUCACAUUGCAGUUUUAAUUCGAACAAUUUCGAACAACAACAGCAACAGCAACAGCAGCAGCAGCAACAACAACAGCAAGCGCCAACAGAUAUAAGUACCCAAGUAUUGCCGACCAUACAGCGGAUGCCAACAUAUAGUAACGUUAAUAUCGUCAACCCUUUGCAGCAAUAUAACAAUCAUAACAGUAACAUCACAACAACUACAGUGAAUUCAACGACAACAACAACGACAACUACGACGGUAACAACCAGACCUACUAAUCGGGUGCUGCCCAUGCAGCAAAGGCAAUAUGAACAGCAAAAUGCGAGCAACAAUCUUAACGGUUGCUCAUCGCUCGGAAUAGGCCAUCUAACAUCAGGUAUGCCUCCAGCAAUAGCGAUAGUAGAAAAUGGAACAGCAGGAAAUAUAAAAGUCGCUGGUAACGAAAACAAAAUUGCUUACGAAGCAGAAGUUAAACAGAUACUUUUACAUUCGCCUAUACCGAGCGGUAUGGAGGGAAAUAUCAACAGCAAUAGUAAUCGAUUACAACAGCCAGAACAACAGCAACAGCAACAGCAGCCAACUGUUUUGCAUAAUCAGCAAUCAUUGCAAGCAAAUUUUAUAAAGAGUUCAGUACCUUCAUCUGUGCCACCUCCGCCUUUGGCUUAUAAUAUCCCGGACAUGGUAGAAAAGGCCACAAAUAAAAUUUCUGAACAGCAAGAACAACAACGGAGUACAUUAGAUUUUGUGUCUAAUACUGUGGUCAAUGAAUGUCUUAUAACGGAUCCGAAAUUUCCUCCCGAAGAUGAUGAAGUCAUCCGCAUGAAUGCGGAUGACUUAAAUCAAAACGUUCACGUUAAGACUCAUAAUAUGGAUGAAGAAGAGGAAGAGGAUACAUUUAGUUUGAAAAUGCCUUCAUCGGUUGAUACGAACGAUGAGUUGUCUGUUGAUAGCGAUGAACCGGCAGUGAAAGCUAAAAUUAGUAAGAUUUUGGAUAAUCUUACGAACGAAGAUUGCACCGAUUCUCUUGCCACAGCCAGUACACUUGAAGUUCAUUUAAACGCAUGCCAACAUGGUUUUGCUGACUUAGAGGCAUCUGUAGAAAAUGUUACCUCCCCCACUCAGCAGCAGCAGCAGCAAUUAGCAGCACAAACAACAACGCCCUAUUAUCAUAACGCAACGGAGGACGCCGGCGUAUUUAUUGCUGUUCAAAUGGCGAAUAAUAUACAGGCAGAGUUAAAAGAAGCUACAUAUGAAUUGACCGAAAAAUUACCCAAUAAAUUAGCGACUUCAUUAACCGAACCUAAGCUAUCGACGACGCAUUUAGCAGGUAAUUGCUCUCCAACUCUUCCAUCUGAUAACGGGUUAACAACAUCGCCAAAUGCCAAUGCCAACCUGAAUACGUUGUCUUCUCUACCUGCUACAGUUGUUCAGCCUCCACCAUCCCAACCACCCUCUAAAGAUCCCAAAAGAAUAACGGGACCUCAUUUACUGUAUGAAAUACAAAGUGAAGACGGUUUUACAUAUAAAUCCACUUCGAUCACGGAGAUUUGGGAAAAGGUGUUCGAAGCAGUGCAAGUAGCACGCCGCGCUCAUGGUUUAGCCCCAUUACCCGAAGGCCCUCUAGCCGAUAUGAGCGGUACACAAAUGAUCGGACUAAAAACGAAUGCUCUCAAAUAUCUUAUUGAACAAUUGCCGGGUGUAGAGAAAUGCACCAAAUAUACUCCAAAGUAUCAUAGGCGCACCAGCGAAAAUUUUACUAAUUCUACGACAACAACAACAACGUACAGCAAUUCUGUAAACUUGGGCAGUUCAACGGUUAAUGCUGCUUUAGUUGGUUCGCUCGACAUUGACAGUAGCAGUCUGGAUUACACUUCCGAUCAGGAAGAGUUAACAGAAAAUCCAUACGAGUGCGCAAGAUGUGAACCGUAUUCAACACGUUCCGAUUACGAUAUGUUCAGUUGGCUAGCUUCGCGACAUCGCAAACAGCCGGUACAAGUUUUUUUGCAACCAUCCGAUACGGAAUUAGUGCCGAGGCGCGGUACGGGUAGUAACCUUCCUAUGGCCAUGAAAUAUCGUACUUUGAAGGAAACCUACAAAGAUUAUGUGGGUGUCUUUCGUUCGCAUAUACAUGGACGUGGCCUCUAUUGUACUAAAGAUAUUGAAGCCGGUGAAAUGGUUAUUGAGUACGCUGGUGAAUUGAUACGUUCGACUCUAACCGAUCAACGUGAACGAUAUUAUAAUAGUCGUGGUAUCGGCUGUUAUAUGUUUAAAAUCGAUGAAAAUCUAGUAGUGGACGCAACAAUGCGCGGUAAUGCUGCUCGUUUCAUAAACCAUUCAUGUGAGCCAAAUUGUUAUUCCAAAGUAGUUGAUAUAUUGGGUCAUAAGCAUAUAAUCAUUUUUGCUUUGAGACGUAUUGUACAGGGUGAGGAAUUAACCUACGAUUAUAAAUUUCCAUUUGAAGAAGAGAAAAUACCGUGUACGUGUGGUUCGAAAAAAUGUCGCAAGUACUUAAAUUGAAAUUUCAUUCACGAAGAGCAUUAAAGUAAAUUUUCUAACGUAAUGUUGAUCUUUAUACUCAUAGAUUAAAAACAAGAUUUUCUUUUUUUUUUUUCAUAAAAACAAAAACCCAAUAUAUGUAAAAUUUUUAAUUUAAGAAAAAAAUAUUUGAAUUUUAUGUGUGUGUUUGCGUGAUGAUAUUAUUAUUAUUAUUAUUAUUAUUGUCUUUAAAAACAGUAUUCAUGAUUUUUGUGUAGAUGAAAAAAAAGUAAAGAUUUUAUCAUUUUUUUUUUUUUUAAUUCAACUAAUAAAACGACUUAAUUAAGCUUAAUAUUAAUAUGUUACUAAUUAAUCUAGAGAUAUAUUAUUAAAAAAAAAAAAAAAAAAAAAAAA